AUGACCAGCAAUGAGAGUAACGUCGUCCACAUCUUGCGGGAGAAGAAACAUUACGACGCGUUUCACUGGGUGCCGCCGAGCAACGAGUUCAUCGCCGCCAGUGAUGUCACGGAUUACUUCAUGAUUUACCUUCACACGAUCGGCGGGUGGUGCCCGCGGCGCAACCAAUACGACGAAGACGAGGGAAAAGAAGUGGAGGGCAUAGAAAUACCACUAGAAGCGGAUGGUGGAAAGCCAGGCGUUGAGGUGGAUCUUUGCGACGAAAGUCAGUGGCGGAGGUGGAGAAGCUGUGGCGGGGUGGAAACCAUUUUUGUGACACUACAGAUGCUGCACAUGGACCAGCCAAUCACCCCGCUACAGCAGUCCUCGCACACACGCAGUGAUACCCGUACCUUUGACGAGUGGAUCAUAUUUCCUAUCGCCGUCUGCGACGUGCCGCUUGACGCGGUGGUGCAGUGUCGUGUUUACUCCCGUCAGGGUCUCGUCGGCUGCAAAAACUUCCAUCUCUUUACGGCAGGCGGAAGGCUCAAGACGGGGCCGCGAUGUUACAAACUACACGCUGACGGUGCAGCAAAUCCGCAUAAAACACCCACGCCGCGGUGGGAGCUGCUUGCGCGGGACCUUCGCGAUGGCCUUAUGCAGUCCGUCCCGUGGAUGGACACACUCGUCGAGCAACGCCUCACGGCGAUGCAGGAGGCACAGGUCGAUGCGAGCCACACCGUUCUCGCCUCAGAGAACACCUCAUUGACGCUUUCAUUGCUGUUUCCGCUAGUGCGCAGUCGCCUACCGGUCUUCCACCUUUCCGUACCGCAGAACACGAUGCCCACUAUGCCGCCGUCUAUUCCAUUUGCGACGACGCCAACGCAGCCGUUUCUUGACAUCUGCAUGGAGGACGAAAACCUUUGUGAGGCGAAGGCGCACGCUCUCUAUAAAUCUCUGUUUUUGAUCUCUGACGCGGAUGCGGAGGCACAACCGGGUCCCGUAGAGCGACGUCAACUACAGGAGAUUCUGCACAAGCCACUGAUUCACUUGGAGGGUUUGAAGGUGGACGAUGAAAUGCUCCUUUGGCGAUUUCGUUUUUUCCUGGCGCGUGAUCCUGCAUAUUUUGUACCCUUCAUGCGCUGCGUCAACUGGCACAACGAGGCAGAGCAGCAGGAGGCCCUCAAGGUUAUGCAGCAAUGGAAGCCGAUUAGCUUUUCGCAGGCGUUAGUCUGCAUUUCCUUUUACUUCCGUGAGGUGGAGCACAUGCGGAGGCAUGCCAUUAGUUUACUGUCCCGGCAGUCUGAUGGCUACCUCCUCCACUUCUUGCUGCAGCUUGUGCAGGGCGUGCGAUACGACGUACAGGAUGAACUCGAGCAAUUUCUCGUGCGUCGUGCGUUGGGCUGCUGGGAGAUGUGCUCCACACUGUUUUGGCAUGUCCACGUGGAGACGCUGCUGGAGAAGUCUGCCACCACCGACAGCCACCACAGUCAGGGGCGACAACGAUACGCCGACUUUCUUCAACACCUUUUGAAUACGCUAGAAGAGGCAAAACCACACUUUCUGCAGCGACUUCGCCGGCAGAUGAAAUUUAUGGGAGUGCUGCGUGGUUUGUACCGAACAAUUGUGAAAGGCUCACAAGAUCGCGUGCGGCGCAUGGAGAUUGCCACCACGCUUAUCGACGCGAAUAAGUGCGGCAUAAGUGAACUUUUUUUGUCUUCAACAGAGUCACGGAGUGGCAACACUGUGACGCUUCCCACGCAUCCCUGUUUUUCCGUGGAGCACAUCAACUCCAGCGGGUUCUACCUGUUUAAGAGCGCCAAGAUGCCAAUGAAAGUCUCUUUCAUCGUACACGUCGAUGACGGCAACAACAACGAUGUGGGCGGAGGCGCUUUCCAUGAUGCACCGAAGACCACGGGGUCCUCAGGCCCGAGUUUUAUUCCACUUGCCAUCCUUUCAUCGGAUGUGGGAAUUAUGUUCAAGAGCGGUGACGACGUACGGCAGGAUCAACUGGUCGUGCAACUUGUGCAGCUCAUUGACGGCAUGCUGCGGCAGGAUGGCCUUGAUCUCUGUCUCAGCCCCUACCGCGUGCUGGCGACCGGGCUGGCGGAGGGGCUCGUGGAGCUCGUGCCGAACGCUGUCACGCUUCAAAGCGUGCAACGGGACAUUGCGGGGUACAUCCGUUCCCAUAAUGAGACUGCCAAGGAUUAUGAGGCCGCCAUCUGUCGCUUUACGAAGAGCUUUGCGGGCUACUGCGUUCUCACCUUCAUUCUUGGCAUCGGCGACAGACACUUGGAGAACCUUCUUUUGACACACGACGGCAGGCUGCUGCACAUUGACUUUGGGUACAUUCUUGGCAAUGACCCGAAGCCCUUUCCACCGCCCAUGAAGAUCAACAAGGAGAUGGUGGAGACGCUUGGGGGCCCGCAGAGUGAACGCUACGCGGAGUUCAAGUCGUACUGCUGCAGUUCUUACAACAUUAUUCGGAAACACGCACCACUUAUUUUAAGCAUGUUUCUGCUUAUGGUGGAUGCUUCUAUUCCGCAGAUAUCGGGUGACGGCAAGAUGGAUCCACGCGUGAAUUUGCUGAAGGUGCAGGAUAAACUGCGGCUGGACCUCUCAAACGCCCAGGCAGCACAGUACAUUACAAACGUCAUUGCGGACAGUGUGGGAUCCAUUUUCACAAACCUCUGGGACGUCAUACACGUCGCGGCCCAAGCAACACGGCAUUAG